AAGACGAAAUCUAUACCACUGCAGUUAUCAAUUGUCGGCUCCGGUCACCCGACACGUAAAAUAUAAGUCGAGUUCGUUGAGUUAAUCGUCUUUUGUUUUAUUUAGAUUCAUAAAUUUCGUUUUUCUUAAUUAGAAUUACUAUGUGUUUUUAGUCCUAUAUACUUAAAGUUAAAGUUAUGUUAAACAUUGUGAUGGCUGACUAAGAAAAUCUUCAAUAAUUUUGUCAGUCGGAUAUCAUUUGAAUAGUCAAAAAUGUAUGGCCAGUAUAGAUAAAACAAUAACAUGGAACAGGUAAGUACAGUACGCGGUGAUGACGAGACGGCAGUUAGGCGUAAAUCAUUGGGUCGUCUCAAAGACAUGACGAUAACUUGGGAAUCGGAUACUCUAAACAACAAAUAUUCUCGCAACGACGACACUGAAUCGCGAUGCCCUACAGCUCAAAUUAACAUCGACGGUUCAAGAUCGCCCAUAACGGAAGUAGAUCUUAGACCUAAACAGCUAGCUAUGUCAACAAUGGAAAUGGAGAGCAUGAAGGAACGAGAGAGAGCGACCAAGUUACGAAAAUGUGCCCAGCACCUAGAGCUCGAGAGCGUUAACGGAAAAUACUCAAGAGAUAACUUCAAAAGAGGAAUACUUAAUAAGGAAGUUUUGUCCAUACUAUUCCAUUUAUUCGACGAAGACGACGAAAAAGUACUACAACAAGAGAAAUGGAUUCAGUCGUUAAAAGAAAGAUUAAUCAGGGAAGAAAAACAAGGGGAUUUAGCAGAACAGUUAGAAAGUGUAGCUUAUGUUCUUUGUGGAGAUCAAGCAAUAAAUCUAUCAAAAUUUAAUCAAAUUUUUCAAGCAAAAGGUAUUGUUGAAAAGUUAUUCAGACUUAUUGACAAAGAUUCAGACGGAAUAAUUACACCGACACAAAUCAUGGAAUUAUUAUCUACCAUUACGUAUUCUUCUAGAGUAAGAUCGGGAUUUGAUAGCGAAAACUUGAAGUGGCUCGAACAAUUAUUUCGUCAAACCGUUGGCAAUGAAAUGGAAAUAAAACGGGACGAUUUUAAUAAAAUUUUGAUUACAAAAAAUCCUUUUUUUACGGAACGUGUAUUUCAAAUAUUUGACAAAGAUAAUUCUGGAACAAUAUCAUUGCAUGAGUUUCUCGACGCUAUGCACCAGUUUGCAGGUCAAUCACCAGAUGAUAAAAUUCGAUUUCUAUUUAAAGUUUAUGACUUGGAUGGCGAUGGUCUUAUACAGCAUCGUGAACUUCAACAUGUUAUGCGUGCUUGUAUGGAAGAAAAUGGUAUGCGUUUUUCUGAAGAUCAGGUAGAAGACUUAACGAUGGCAUUAUUUGAAGAUGCAGACAGCGAAUCACGUGGUGCUAUUACUUAUGAAGCUCUAAAGAAUCAAUUACAAAAACAUAAUGGACUUUUGGAAAACCUAUCAAUUAGCAUUGAUCGUUGGUUGGUCCCACCAAAACCUAAACAGCAACCAGCUUCUGUUAUGGGAAAAUUAACUGCAUUAAGGCCAUAUCAGCUCUCAUUGCCUUACAUGCGAAAUAACUACGUUUAUUUGAUAUUUUUAAAUGUAUAUAUACUAAUAAAUAUAAUUUUAUUUGGAUCCAGAAUUUAUCAGUACAGAAACGCUAAUAUAUACACAAUAUUAGCUAGAGCAUGUGGUCAGUGUUUAAAUUUCAAUUGUACUUUUGUUCUCGUGCUAAUGUUAAGACAUAGCAUAACAUUUUUAAGGACUCGUGGUUUGUCUUCUUUUUUGCCUCUAGAUCAACAUAUAUAUUUACACAAAAUCACAGGAUUUUUCAUAUUUGGUUAUAGUUUACUUCAUACGCUAAUGCAUCUCAUUAAUUUUAGUACUGUUAUUAUAUACGACUCUAAUUUGAAUUACGAAGGGUUUACUGUUUCGGAAUGGCUGUUUACAACCGAUCCUGAAAUGUUCGGUCUUAUUGAUGGAUAUGCCAACCCCACUGGUGUGCUACUUAUUAUAAUAUUAUUCGUCAUGUUUAUUUGCUCACAACCGUUUGUGCGUAGGGGAGGUUCAUUCGAAGUAUUUUAUUGGACACAUCUUUUAUACGUACCUUUUUUCUUACUAUUGAUAAUUCACUGUCCAAACUUUUGGAAGUGGUUUAUUAUUCCUGGAUUUAUAUAUCUCUGUGAGCGUUUUUAUCGUUUUUCUUUAAUGCGCUCUGAACACGGGAAAACAUAUAUAAGUUCUGGAUUGCUAUUACCAUCAAAGGUCACACAUUUGGUAAUUAAAAGGCCACCGCAUUUUGAUUUUCACCCGGGUGAUUACGUUUUUGUCAAUAUACCAGUUAUAGCUAAAUAUGAAUGGCAUCCAUUUACGAUCAGUAGUGCUCCAGAACAAGAGGACUAUAUGUGGCUCCACAUUAGAGGAGUAGGAGAAUGGACAAAUAGACUGUAUUCAUACUUUGAGGAAGAACAACAAAAAUUGCAUUUAAUGAAUGAACCCGAGUCGGAUAACGAUAACUCAUCGUCUAUCGGAUCUGUAGAACAGUCUAAAAUAAAAAAAUUACAAACUACAUUGCAAAGAACAUUUUCCGGGAGAAAUAUAGAAGAGCCGGUAAAAGGAAAAUUUAAAAGAGGAGGGGAUUUCAGUUACACUAAUCAAAGUUUUAGUAGUUUACCAGAAGAUUUUCAAAUAAGAGGAUCAGAUUCUGAAACUACACCCACGACAAUAACUAAAGUUGAUUCAAGAAAAUCUGUAAAGAAGACGCAAAAUGCUAAUCUUCAUAAAUUGGUAUUAAUUAAUAAAGCCCCUUUGUCAAAAUCAUUGUCCAUGCCCGAUAUAGAUAAUCGAAUUAAGAAGAGAGAACGGCUACUAGCUUUGCGUACUUAUAUGCGCUCAGAAUCAGAAAAAAGUUUUGAUGAAUGUCAAAUGAAAAGAGCUAGAUUGCAAUCUUUGGGUAUUGCCUACUUGAGUCCUCAAAAUAAGUCGUUAGCUCAAAGUUUUAGAUACAUGAGACAUAAACCUACAAUAAUAGCUUUUAAAACGCCCAGUUUAGAGAACUGCGAGACUAAAGUCUCAUCGUACAGUAUUACUAUUGAAAAUUCGUCAAAUAUUGGCAGUAUGGAAUUCGUGACCAAUGAAAGUAAAUCAAACGAAAGGUCGGAUAAAGACGACAGCAGCAGAUCACAAAUAAAUUAUCCCGUUGGCAAACCAUUAGAAAUUUAUUUAGUCGGUCCGUACGGUGCGCCAUCCAGUCAUUUAUUCAGAGCUCAACACGCAGUGAUGAUAGCUACGGGCAUAGGCGUCACACCAUUUGCAUCGAUUUUACAAUCGAUCAUGCAUAGAUACUGGAAGGCGCGACAUACGUGUCCUAAGUGUAAAUAUACUUGGGCUAGUGAAAUACCACCUACUGUGAUGCAUCUCAGAAAAGUGGAUUUCUUUUGGAUUAAUCGCGAUCAAAGAUCCUUCGAAUGGUUCGUGAACUUACUUUCGCAGCUAGAAAUAGAACAAGCCGAGCUUGGUGGUGCUAUGGAAAGAUUUUUAGAGAUGCAUAUGUAUAUAACUUCAGCAUUACAAAAAACUGACAUGAAAGCUGUAGGAUUGCAAUUGGCAUUAGAUUUGUUACACGAAAAGGAAAAACGAGAUUUAAUCACUGGUUUAAAGACUCGGACAAAUGCAGGACGACCAAAUUGGGACAAAGUUUUUAAACAACUAUUGGAUCAGAAAAAAGGAAAGAUCACAGUGUUUUAUUGUGGUCCGCCUCAAUUGGGUAGACUAUUAAGAGUAAAAUGUGAUCAAUUCGGAUUUGGUUUCCGAAAAGAAGUCUUUUAAAUAUUUUCUAAUAAAUUAGUAACAUGAUUAUGACUUUUUGUUAGUAAAAAUUAUACUGUUUAUAUUUUGUGUUAUCGUGUUUAUAAUCAGGUCAUGAUAGUUACCAAAUUGUAAAAGAAAAGACUGGAAUAGUAUUACCAAUAAUAAACACCAAUGUUACCAUGAUAAAAUAUAUUUAAAUAAAAUUAGAACAGUCAAACAAACUAAAUUACAUAAUUCUAAAAUAAUAGUGAUAAUUCUAAAGUUUAAUUUAGCAAGUAUCUAUUUGAAAUAACAAAUAUUUGAAUAUGAAAAUC